UCACCUGUCACCUGCUCCGGCUGUGCCUAGGGCAGGAGGGGGGGACCGGUAUAAAGCAGCAGGCACCAGUGCUGCUCCACCUCACACACCAAGUGCUGAAGUGCCAGCCCCAGCCUGCUCUGCUCCCGCCGGUUCACCACCACCAUGACACCGGGCACUCAGGCCCCCUUCUUCCUGCUGCAGCUACUCCUGGUGCUUACAGGCCAGAAGAAUGUCCUCAUCUUAUCUCAGAGCACCUCAAGCUCAGCUACCACUCCAGGCUAUGGUGUCAGCUCCACUAUAACCACCAGGGCUUCUACAUCAGAGUCAGCCACCCCCAAAGUUCAUGCCAGCACUUCAGCCCCAGCCACCACCAACUCUCCAGAAGCGGUCACCUUUACAGUCCACCGUGGCACCUCAGCACCAGCUAUAACUAACUCUACAGAAGUCGCCACCUCUACAACCUACCAUGGCACCUUGGUCACAGCCACCAGUUCUGCAGAACUGGCCACCCCUACACUGCAUGAUGGCACCUCAGCACUAGCUACCACCAACUCUUCAGAAGUGGCCACCCCUACAGUCUACCAUGGUACCUCAGCACCAGCUACCACCAACUCUUCAGAAGUGGCCACCCCUAUAGUCCACCAUGGUACUUCAGCACCAGCUACCACCAACUCUACAGAAGUGUCCACCCCUACACUCCAUGAUGGUACCUCAGCACCAGCUACCACCAACUCUUCAGAAGUGGCCACCCCUAUAGUCCACCAUGGUACUUCAGCACCAGCUACCACCAACUCUACAGAAGUGUCCACACCUACAGUCCACCAUGGUACCUCAGCACCAGCUACCACCAGCUCUACAGAAGUGUCCACCCCUACAGUCCACCAUGGCACCUUGGUCACAGCCACCAGUUCUGCAGAAGUGACCACCCCUACACUCCAUGAUGGCAUCUCAGCAUCAGCUACCACCAACUCUUCAGAAGUUUCCACCCCUACAGUCCACCAUGGCACCUCAGUCACAGCCACCAGCUCUACAGAAGUGGCCACCUCUACAAUCCACCAUGGUACCUCAGCACCAGCGACCACCAGCUCUAUAGAAGUAGCCACCUCUACAGUCCACCACAGCACCUCAGUCAUAGCCACCAGCUCUACAGAAGUAGCCACCUCUACAGUCCACCAUGCUACCUCAGCACCAGCUACCACCAGCUCUACAGAAGUGGCCACCUCUACAAUCCACCAUGGCACCUCAGCUACAGCCACCAGCUCUGCAGAAGUGGCCACCUCUACACUUCAUGAUGGCACCUUGGGCCCAGCUACCAACUCUAUAUCAGGCUCAGCCACCACUCCACCUCACAAUAGCUCCUCUGCUGUGGCUACUACAACCUCAGUUAACAUGGAUACUACAUUGUCAUUUCCCAGCUACCAGUCUUCUGCUUCUGCCACACUUGCCAGCCCCAGCAGUGGGACAAUUGCCAGUAGCACUAACCACAGCACAGUACCUCCCUCCACUUCCUCCAGUCAUUCUCCUCAGCCAUCUGUCAUGGUCUCUUUCUUCAUUCUGUCUUUUGAGAUUUUGAACCUCUCAUUUAAUUCUUCUCUGGAAAAUCCCAGCACCCGCUACUAUCAAGAGCUGGAGAGGAACAUUACUAGAUUGUUUUUGCAGAUUUAUCAACAAGAUUUUCUGGGCCUCUUGAAUAUCAAGUUUAGGCCAGGAUCUGUGGCAGUGGAAUCAACUGUAAUCUUCCGGAAGAAUGCUGUUAAUGAAGAGUUCGUGAAGUCACAACUCACUCAGCGAAAAGAAGAUGCAACAAGAUACAAUUUGGUCAUCUCAGAAGUCAGUGCACGUGAGGUACAGGUUACUUCUUCCACUGCCCAGUCUGGGGUACCAGGCUGGGGCAUCGCUCUGCUGGUGCUGGUCUGUGUUCUGGUCCUGCUGGCCAUUGUCUAUUACAUUGCCCUGGCUAUGUGUCAGUGCCGCCGAAAGAGCUACGGGCACCUGGACAUCUUUCCAACACGGGACACCUACCACCCUAUGAGCGAAUACCCCACAUACCACACCCAUGGGCGUUAUGUGCCCCCUGGAAGCACCAGGCGCAGCCCGUACGAGGAGGUUUCUACAGGAAAUGGCGGUGGCAGCCUCUCUUACACGAAUCCGGCAGUGGCAGUCACUUCUGACAACUUGUAGGAGCUGGUCACUGCUUGGUGGCAGGCAGAAGUGUCAGUCUCAGGUUCUUCGCUGCCAAAGCUCCUUCCACUCGGAUCCGGGCUGGUGAUCUGGGAGCUAAGGUGGGCUGCUCAUAGCUUUUCCAAGAGGCUCUGCCAAGCCUCCUACCCAUCUUACUUAGCCUGGUGAAGCCCAGCCCUGCUCUAGGGAAGAUGCCUGGGGCAGCAUGGCCUUGGUGUGCUGGCCCUUCCAGGAGGACUGGUCUAGAAAGCCUGGAGUGUGGGAACCCGAACAUGACCCAAUAAAGUAUGUCUUCCUGUG